UUGGUUUUGUAGUGUUACCGUUGUGGUGAAGAGUAGAGCCUGUGGUUAGGUUGAGGAUGGACAGCAAAACUUAAAAGCCAUACUUCAUGUAGUUUGACUAUUUGCAUGCAAAUAUUGUGAGUCUUUUUGAUAAUUUCAUUAGUGCAUACCAGUGUGCUGUUGCUAAUUAGCACUAAACUAUAAAGGUCUGAAUGGAUGUGAUGAGUAGGGUAGGAUCAUGGAAGAGGCUUGGCUCCCAUGGCUCUCAGCCCCGCCCCACUUGCCAUAAAUUUUUUUAAGCUCAUAUUUCCUCAAAUGUUUUGAAUAUUCUUAACUUAUCAGGUUUUACAGUGCAGGUAUUUUCUCCUGUGUAUUAGAAAGACUUACCUGUUACCCGAGUGGGGUUUUUUUCUCCUUUGUAUUAUAGAUUUACCUGUUACUCCAGUGUUUUUUUUUCUUGUGUUUUAUAAAGACUUACAUUUUACUCCAGCGAUACUCCUGUGUCUGAGGAUAGUUAUCUGUGUACUCUUUAACUUUUGUGUUUUCUGCUUACCUACUGGCCUGUACUCAUCUCUGUUUAUCAUCAAUAAACCUGCAUCAUUCUCUAACUCCAUCUUCAGUGUGUCAUUACAGAAAUCUGCUAGUGCCGGCAGCAGCAACUGAAUAAUGACAAAUGAUUGUGCAUAAUACUUGGCCCCCUCUCUCUAAAUUUUGGCCCCACUGUGGCCCCUGCGUUUAAAAACUGAAGUGAAUUAAUUUCAGUACAGAUCCCAUAGGAAGUUGCGCUUGUGUGACUGAACGAAUCACUCCCCGAGACGACUCGUUCGUUUCGAGUCACAUAAAAGACUCUGAAACUAAAACGACUGAGGGUUCUGUCGCGAACGCCAUGCCUUUUUCUCUUCUCCGCCAUAUACUGUCGGCUCAUGUAUCUUUGGAGUCUAGAACUCAGGACUUUCAGCCCUGGAAGGAUUACAUGGGACUGGCGGACAUUAUAAGAGACAUGCAGCGGCCAGCAGAGCAGCCAGACGCGGCCGAUGACACCGCCGCCGCGUUCCUGAAGUCUCCAGGCGGCCCGACGCGAAGGUACGGGACCCUGUCGACGGAUAAAAGAGACCCGGAACGCGGCAAGAGCACCAGCAGCAGCCCUUCCGAGAAGUUAUGCGGCUUCUGCAAACGUAACGGAGAGAGCGAAGCCGUGUUCACCUCACACGACUUAAAGGACCACGCCGGAGCAGUGAUAUGCCCGUACUUGAACCAGUACGUCUGUCCCAUAUGCGGAGCCACCGGGGCCAAAGCGCACACCAUGAGAUUCUGCCCACUGAAGGACAAAACCUACAGCUCCGUGUACGUGAAAUCAACAUGGAGAACCGGACGUUUCUGAGCCGUAGAAGAUCUGGCCGAGGUUGCACGCUUUUUUAUCUCGUGUGCACUGUGGCGUUGUUUUUCACUCUUUUCGUUUUGUCUUUAAACAAACUUAUAGACUCGCUACAGGUACAACUUUUGUGAUACUCUUGGUACUCUUUUCAUGUUAAUAUGAUGUUUAAUAUUAGAUGGUUUUUCUCUUUAAAGCUGCCUAUAUUUCAAUAGGCUAACAACCUCAAUCUUCCGUUUUUAUUUUGAGGAACAUGAUGAUCAGGUUUUGUUCACGUGGCAUCAUGUAGUUUAUGUACAAAUGUUUAAAAUUAUGAUGGUUUACUUGGACAAAAAAAGAAAAGAAAAUGAACAAUAGAAACAUGUUCAGUAGGCUACUCUUUUGGAAACCUAUGUGUACAUAUCAGCACUUCAACUGAAACUGGUUCAGUUUGACUUUUUAUUUAUUUAUUUAUUUAUUUUUUGUCUAGUUUUACAAAACACGAUUUUACAGAAUCAAACGCGCACAGCAACAACCAGAAAGAGUCAUUUAUUUAUGCAGAAUGUGUUUGGAACUGAAAUUUGUACAGCUUUAUGGCUGGAGCUUUGAUGACAGGUUGCUAAGGUUACGACCCUUCACAGAACUAGAUGUUUGCUUGAACCUCCAAAGAAAAGUGUUAACUUUGGCUUACUAAAACAGUGCCACUCUGUGCAAGUUGUGCCUUUGCUUUUAGAUAUGGACUUCAAACAAGUAUAACUGAACAGUUGUGAACAAGUGCCUGCUAUCUGAACUGAAAUUAUAUUUAAAAAUAUAUAAAAAAAAUUGUUUCUUUUGUCUACAUGUUUUUUUCCCUUUCUGUCCACUAUAUGAUGCAGUAAAAUACAUUCAGAAUUUGUUGCC